AUGCUACGUCGACGAUUAUUUUUUCUCUACUUAUUUAUCUUAUUUACUGGUAUUUUUGCUCAGAAAUAUGGUUCGAAUGUUCAAAAAGAUGAUGAUGAAAAUGAUGAUGAAGAUGAUCGUCAAUCAGUAAAUCGAGUACAGCCACCAGUUAAUAGCAAUAAAUAUGACAGUAAACGUCCUUCAAACGAUAGAGUUGUUAAUGAUAAUCAACAACCAGCUGCUGCUAAUCCAUCGCCAGUACGUUCACCAAAUGAAUCAUCUCGACGUUCAUCACCGACACCACUUGCUACUAGUGAUGAAUGUAGACUUGAUGUGCAAAAAUAUUGUAAUAAAGGAAAUAAACAAAUAAUUCCAAAUUUAAAAGUAUUACAAUGUAUUGAUGAUCUUGAUAAUGCUGUGACUUUAAUUAGUAAAGAAUGUCAACAUCUUAUCUACAGUUUUAAAUAUAAUAUGACACAUGAUCCACGUUUUGAUGAUGCAGCAUCGAAACAAUGUGCAAAAGAUUUAAAAUUAUUUGAUGAAUGUGAACCAUUUAUUGGUAAAAGUGGUUCUGGUCGUCUUGUAACAUGUUUAUAUGAGCAUUUACCUAAUAUAACUGAUUCAACUUGUCGUUAUUUUAUUAAUCAAGUGCAAGUUGUUGUUUUCAAUGAUUGGCGUUUAUCAGAAUAUUUUGUUGAAGCAUGUAAAUCUGAUAUUGAAAAAUUAGAAUGUGGUCGAUUAGAUGAUGAUAAUAAAGAUUUACCGCAUGAACAAGGUGCUGUUAUUUCAUGUUUAUCACAAAAAUAUAAUCUACUUGUUCCGCAAUGUCGUAAAGAAAUUUUUCGCUUAGCUGAAAUGCAAUCGGAUGAUUAUCAUCUUGAUCGUGCUUUAUUUUAUGCAUGUCGUGAUGAUCGAGAACGUUUAUGUGGUCAAGUUUCAAGUGGUAAUGGUCGAGUUUAUCGUUGUCUUUAUGAGCAAAAGUUUAAUAGCAUGAUGUCAUCAGCUUGUCGUAAAGAAGUUCAUCGACGACAAUCAUUAGUAGUUGCAGAUGUAAACAUGGACGCACCAUUAAUUCGAGCCUGUAAUAAUGAAAUGCGUGAACAUAAAUGUUCUGUUGAUUCUAACGAAAAUGAUAAAAAAUCAUCAUUAAUUAAAUUACUUUUAUGUCUUGAAGAUACAUUAAAACGAGGUUAUCAUAUUCAAGAUGAAUGUCGACGUGAAAUGCUUGUUCAUCGUCGUAUGUUAAUGUCAGAUUAUGCUCUUUCACCAGAACUUCAAAGUGAAUGUAAAAAUGAAAUGGUACAAUAUUGUCCAUCAUUAUUUCAACAAGGUGCAAGUGGUACAAUAGGUCAACGUGGUGGUCGAAUGAUUCAUUGUUUAUUAGCUGCAGCACGAAAAGAAAAAAGUUUUAGUAGUCGAUGUUUAUCAGUUGUUAAUUCAUUAGUACGUGCAGUUGAUCCCGGUAGUGAUAUACGAGCAGAUCCAUUACUUGAAUCAGCAUGUCGACCUGUUAUUGAUACAUUAUGUCCAAGAAUGAAACCUGGUGAUUCAAAUGUUAUUUUAUGUUUAUUGGAUAAUUUAAAAAAUGCUCGUAUGACAGAAGAUUGUGAGGAUCGUCUUAUGGAAGUAGCUUACUUUUUAGCACGAGAUUGGAGAUUAACACCAAGAUUAUUACGUACAUGUCAAACAAAUCUUGUAACAUUUUGUCAACUUCCAAAAGAUUGGUCAAUGAAUCAAGAUAUCAGUGGUGUUCAAGUUGGAAUGUAUUUAGGUUGUUUAUAUCAACAACGACAACAACUUGAUAAAGAAUGUCGAAGUGAAUUAAAACGUAUUAUGCAUAUUCGAACACAAUCUAUUGGUUUAAUGCCUGAAAUUGAAGAUAAUUGUUUAACAGAUUUGGCAAUAUGUAAAAAUCCAGAAAUUAAAGGAGAAGAAUUAAAAUGUUUACAAAAGAAAUAUAAAAGCCUUGAAGAUCAAUGUAAACAGGCUGUUCGAAACUAUACACAAAUGACAAUGUCUGAUCCAACACUUGAUUUUCUUCUUAUGAAAGCAUGUGAACCAAUGAUUCAAUUAUUCUGUGCAAAUGUUGAAGUUGGAAAUGAAAAUUAUUUAAUACGUUUUUUAAUUAAACAUAAAAAUGAACAACAAAUGGAUUUUCGUUGUAAAGCUAGUAUUGAUCAUCAUCAAAUAACAAGUAUGAAAGAUGAAGCAUUUUUAAGUCAACAAUUUCGAAAAAAAUGUACUCAAGAAAUAAAUGAACAUUGUUUUGGAAAAAAAACAAAAGCAGGUGUUAUUCAAUGUCUUGCUGAUUUAAUGUUACGUGAUGUAUUAAAAAAAGAAAAUAAAAUAACUGAAGAUUGUCGUGAUGAACUUAAAUUUGAACUUCUUCAACGAAGUGAAAGUAUCGAUUUUGAUCCAUCAUUAGCUAAAGCAUGUCAAAAGGAUAUUCACCGGUUCUGUGGUGAUCGUACACCGGGAAAUGCUCAGAUUCUCGAUUGUCUAAAAGAUAAUCAAAAUAAAAUAUCACCAUCAUGUUAUGCUAAAUUAAGAAAACGUGAAAAACUUGAUGUUAUCUUACCUGAAAAUGAUUAUAGUCUUAUGUCAAAAUGUGCAACAAUUAUUCAGAAAUAUUGUUCAAAUGAAAAGAAACAAAAUAUUUUAUCUUGUUUACGACGUAAUAUUAAUCAAGAUGCUAUGCCAACUAUAUGUCGACGAGUUUUAUAUAAUCGUUUAAUGGUUCUUAAUAGUGAUGCUCGUUUCAAUCAAGGUUUAAUUGAUAGUUGUCAACGAGAUAUUAAUAAAUACUGUCAAUCAGAAAUAGUUGAUAAUGAAAAAGAUGAUAAUGAAUCCGAUGAAGAUAAAGAUGACAACGGUGAUGAUGAUAAAGAAAAAAAUGAUGGUAAAGAUAAUAAUAAUAAUAAUAAUAAUAAUGGUGAUGAUGAAGUAGCCGAUCGUGGAAUGGGUGGUAGAAUAAUUCAAUGUUUACGUUCAAAAUAUACCGAUACAUCAAUUACAUUAGAAUCACAAUGUGUAUCUGAAUUAGUUGAUGUUAUACAAACAUCAAAAAUUGAUAUUAAACUUGAUAUUAAACUUUAUGAAAGUUGUCGAAAAUUACUUAAGAGUGAAUGUAUUGGUAUGGAUCAAGAAGAUUGUUUAAAAUUACUUUAUCAAAAAGAUCAAAUUAAUGAUGAUGUUUGUAAAGAACAAGUUAAACGUAUUAUAAGAGAAGGACAAGCUGAUAUACAUGUUGAUCGUGCUUUAGCAUUUGCAUGUCAAGCUGAUGUUUUGAAAUAUUGUAAUGAUAUUCCUAUAGGAAGUGGAAAACAGUUACAAUGUUUAUUAAGCAUGGGUAAAUCAGUAACAAGUCAAUGUCAAAAUAUAUUACUAAAACGACAAGAAUUAUGGAAAUCUGUAUCUAAGUUGAAUGGUGUUGCUGACUUAACGGAACAAAUCCGAAAGUCAAAUAAUAGUUUUUAUCUAUUCUCUGUUAUUCUUUUAAUAUUGUGUGUUAUGUUUAUGGCUGGUUGUAUUUGUCGUCCGUAUGUACGUUAUAGUCGUGUCAGGAAAUAUAAAUGA